CUCCCUUCUCUCUCUCCCUGUACAGAGAUCUCACUUCUCUCUCCUGUUCUUCUUUACAAACAAUGUCACUGCGACGCUCUUUUCUGGCACGAAGAAUAAAUCAGUGUUCAUUCUCAUUUUCGAAAUCCUUCAAUGAAUUCGAUUUCCCAGAAAAUCAAACAGUUGUUACCAGUAAUAUUAAUGAUGAAAACAGCGAAAAAAAGGAAGAAGAAAAUGGCGAAAACAGGCAUCAGAACGGCGUCGUUGAAGAAUCGAGUCCUAGUGGAUCGGGUUCUUUGAACCCGGCUUCGUGGGCGAAUAUGCUGCCGGAGAUACUGGGAGAUAUUAUACGGAGGGUGGAAGAAAGUGAAGACAAAUGGCCGCAACGUCAAAACGUCGUCGCGUGCGGGUGUGUAUGCAAGAGGUGGAGGGUUGUAACCAAAGAGGUGGUGGAGAAGGCCUCUGUUCAUCAAGAUGGCAAUAUCACUUUCCCUCCUUCCCUGAAAAAGCCGGGGCCGCGGGACUCUCCGCAUCAAUGUAUUGUAAAACGUGACAAGAAGAGCGGGACAUUUUACCUUUAUCUUGCACUCUCACCUUCAUUUUUGGACGAAGGAAAGUUUCUCUUAGCAGCACGAAGAUACAGAAAUGGUACUCACACCGAGUACAUUAUAUCACUUGAUGCCAAUGAUCUCUCUCAACAAAGUAAUGCAUAUGUUGGGAAAUUGAGGUCAGAUUUUCUCGGUACUAAUUUCACAGUCUAUGAUAGCAAGUCAACACACGGCGGAGCAAUGCCAUCGAGCUGCAGAUCUGUUCGCCGUGUAGCAAGCAAGCAGAUAAGUCCCCAAGUUCUGGCUGCUAACUUUGAAGUUGGGCAGGUGUCCUAUAAGUUCAAUCUCUUGAAGUCUAGAGGUCCAAGGAGGAUGAUAUGCUCACUUAAGUGCCCGUCUUCAGACGGAACAACAUCAGUCGACAACUCCCGAGAUGAUUUGAAAAUGAAGAGUCCUGAAUCCUCUGAUCGGGGUUAUAAUAUUUUGAAAAACAAAGUUCCAAGGUGGCACGAACAGUUGGAGUGUUGGUGCUUGAAUUUUCAUGGUCGGGUCACAGUUGCAUCAGUUAAGAAUUUUCAGCUGGUUGCGACUAUGGAUCAAAGUCGACCUGGUGGAAAGGGCGAUGAGGAAACAGUGCUCCUCCAAUUCGGGAGGGUAGGAGAUGAUACUUUCACAAUGGAUUAUAGGCAGCCUCUGUCGGCUUUCCAGGCAUUUGCUAUCUGCUUAACAAGUUUUGGGACAAAACUGGCUUGUGAGUAACUUAUUUCAAAGUUCGCCGUGUUUAAGAUGAUUUCUUGCUUUUGCCUUGUUAUAUAGAAGUAUAUAUGUACUGAUUUUGUUUAGCUGAUGGAAAUAUGCUAUGUAUAUGAUUAUCAAUCUUUGAAUUGUUGCAUUAUGUCAUUUUUGAAUUGAUGACAGAAAAAAGAAUCUGCACAAUGGCUGGAUUGAGGUAUGGUGGCUUGAAUUUUACAUAUUUCAAUGUUUUGCUAGAAUAAAGCUGUAAUUUGUUUGAUGAACAGCUGAUCUCUUAUUGAGGUAAAAUAUAUAUAGUUUUUCUCUCA